CUCCCCCCCUCCUCUUCCUCCUCCCCGUCGUCGUCACGCAACGCGACGGCUGUUCGGACUCUGAGCUGAGAUGCAAUGACCUUCAGCUCAUCCCCGCGUCAACCCGCGCCUUUGCACAUCCGGCCAGUCUCUUUCAAAACAAACGUCUGUCAUUGAGCGUUUUGAUUUUCGUGUUGACUAGUCAAGUGGUGAAAUCGCUUUCGAGUUAAAACAGGAAACAUCAUCAAAAAGGGACAAAUGAGCUGAAAAAAAUACACUUUUACUGUGUAAGACUGAUGUUUCAGGUGUGUUGGAGGAAACCUGACGAAGAGAGGACGUCAUCAAUCAGCUGCAGGUGCAGGUCUCACUUGUGGCCCCACCCACUACUAUUUAAAUGACGGGGUGGGGCUUCACCGUCGUCUUCACGUUCAAGGCUCAGGCUAAAGAACAUCCUGCACGUAAGUUUCCAGGCCAGUGUUUAUCUCAGCCUUCAUUUUGUGUGCGUGUAGUUGUUUUCGUGUUUGUAUGCCAGGGGUGUGCAGAGGGUGCGGGCAACGGGGCGCCCCCCCCCCCCACCACCACCACCCUGACCCCCUUUUCUACUAAUUACCGAAAAUGCGUUGGGAGCAUACAUGCGAUGUGCAUUGUGAAUCAAUGGCGCGAAACUUUUAGAAAAGCGCCGUGUGGCAUCUGGUGUGCCUCAACACGCCAUUAUUGUGCCCAUGUUUGACCUUUGCGAGCCUGUGCUCGCAAGAGGCGUGGCCACGUUCAUUGUCCGUGUGUCGCGUUACUAGAUGAAUAAAUAAAAAAUGAUCACAUUUCAUUGUAUGAAGCGUGAUCAUGUUUCACGCCACAAUACAUGAGCCACGUCUUUCUUAAAUAAUGCACCACGACUGUUGCCGCGUGUUGUGUGGCACAUGCCUAGCACACAUGCGACUGUGUCGUUCAGUGCGUCCGGUGUUUCUGUAAUGUGUUCAAGACGAGCGUCUGCGCCCCCCCCCCCCGCCCCCUCCCUUGCAGGUGACGCAAUGGCAUUCCACCCAGAGUUCGAGCUGGCAGGUCUUCGGGCAGGUCUCCAGGUAUGGAGGGUGGAGCGCAUGGAGCCUGUUCCUGUUCCCGAGAGUCUUCACGGCUCCUUCUACUGCGGGGAUGCAUACGUGGUUCUCAAAACCAUCCAGUGCCCAGGGCGCCCCCUGCAGUACCGACUGCACUACUGGCAAGGUGAGGAAUGUUCCCAGGACGAAGCUGGGGCGGCCGCCAUCUUAACGGUCCAGAUGGAUGACUUCCUGCGUGGUGAGCCAGUCCAAUACCGUGAAGUCCAGGGUCAUGAAUCCACCGCGUUUGCGGGAUACUUCAAAUCGGGACUCAAGUACUUGGCAGGGGGCGUGGCCUCGGGAUUCCAACACGUGGAGACAAACGACAUGGACGUCAGGAGACUGCUGCAGGUCAAAGGGCGACGCGUUGUCAGGGCUACCGAAGUCCGCCUCGGUUGGGAGAGUUUUAACAGGGGGGACACCUUCAUACUUGACCUGGGGAAGGAGAUCAUCCAGUGGUCUGGUUGCCAUAGUAACCACUUUGAGAAACUGAAGGCCACCAUGGUGUCCAAGGGUAUCCGUGACGAUGAGCGUUGUGGGCGGGCCUCGUUGCUGAUCUGCGAUGACGGCUCGGAACAUGGAAAGAUGAUGGAGGUGCUGGGGGACAAACCCGAGCUUCCGGAAGCCCAAUCGGACGACAUCAAGAUGGACGCCCGCAACAGGAAUCUGGCAAAGCUUUACAAGGUGUCGAAUGCAGACGGCAACUUGGAAGUGGCCAUGGUGGCCCAACGUAGUCCCUUCUCCCAGAAUGCUUUGCUGUCCAGCGACUGUUUCAUCCUGGACAACGGAAGCAACGGACGCAUUUACGUGUGGAAAGGGAAGGACGCGAACGCGGAGGAGCGCCGUGCUGUUCUCAAGCUUUCCGAGCAGUUUAUCCAUAAAAUGAAUUACCCAACACACACUCAGGUGGAGGUUCUUCCAGAGCACGGGGAGACGCCGCUCUUCACGCAAUUCUUUGAGGACUGGCGCCAUCCCGAUGACGUGGUUGGCAUGGCAACGGCCUACGUGUCCAAUCAAAUUGCCAGGAUUGAAAAGGUCCCGUUUGACGUGACGUCUCUCCACCAAUCGGAAGCCAUGGCGGCCCAGCAUGGGAUGUUCGAUGCGGGAGACGGCGACAAGCAGGUGUGGCGUGUGGAGGGGCAAGACAAAGUGCCAGUGGACUCGUCGAUGGUUGGCCAGUUUUGGGGCGGGGACAGUUACGUCAUUCUCUACCGAUACCGUCACAAAGAGCGAGAUGGCAGCAUCAUCUACAUUUGGCAAGGAGCGGAAUCCAGUCAGGACGAGCUCGCCGCCUCGGCCAUUUUGGCACUUCAGCUGGAUGAGGAACUGGGAGGCGGGGCCGUGCAGGUGCGCGUCGUCCAGGGUAAAGAGCCCGCCCACUUUAUGAGCAUGUUCGGGGGCCAGCCGAUGGUGGUCUACAAGGGCGGGACGUCCAGAGAGCGGGGACAAACGCAACCGGCCAGUCUGCGCCUAUUCCAGAUUCGAGCCAACGUCGCCGGGGACUCCCGAGCUGUGGAGGUGAGGGCGUCAUCCUCCAGUUUGAACUCCAGCGACGUCUUUCUGCUGGCGUCACCUUCGGGAUGCUGGAUGUGGAAAGGUUGCGGUAGCGGCUCGGCCGAGGUCGAGGGGGCCCGACAUCUGGCCCAACUCCUGAGGGAGAAACCUGUCCAGGUCGAUGAAGGAGCGGAAGAAGAGGAUUUCUGGGAUGCGCUGGGUGGCCGCGAGGACUACUGCAAGUCUCUCCGAUGUGAAGCUCAAAUGGAGGCUCAUCCUCCUCGUCUGUUCGCCUGCUCCAACAAGACCGGAACCUUUCUGAUGGAGGAAGUUUCGGGUGAGCUGACCCAGGAAGACCUCGCCCCGGAUGAUGUCAUGCUCUUGGAUGCCUGGGAGCAGGUUUUUGUCUGGAUUGGAAAGGACUCGCAAGCAGAUGAGAAAAGGGAUGCGUUUGUUUCAGCUUCGAGGUAUAUCGAGAGCCACCCGGGCAACAGAGACCCGCGUACGCCGGUGGUGACUGUCAAACAGGGAUUCGAACCGCCAACCUUCACGGGGUGGUUCCUGGGCUGGGACCGCGGCUACUGGAACACGGACCCCCUUCAGCGAGCCGUGCAGGCGCUGCACGCCUAACCCCGCCCCCGCGUCACUUUCUGUUCAACACCUUGAAUAAAUCCUCUCUGCGGA